CUCCCGUUCCUUGCUGUGUCCCACGCCGCGGGGUCACGGUCACGCGUGGGCGCGCUGAGAGCUGCGGGAAACAGCGCCCCCUGGCGGCCAGGAGGUCCCGAUGGGGGGCGUGGCCUCACGGCGUGCGGGCGCUGAUUGGCUGCGGGCGCGCGGGACGGUUGAGCCAUGGCGGCGGCGUGGCAGAGCCCCUACCUGAACGUCUUCAAGCAUUUCCGCGUGGAGGAAUGGAAGCGCUCGCACAAGGAGGGGGAUGUCACCGCUGUGAUGGACAAGACGCUGAAGGGCACCGUGUAUCGUAUCCGGGGCUCCAUCCCCACCAGCAACUACCUGCAGCUGCCCCGCACCGGCUCCCAGUCCCUGGGGCUGUGUGGCCGUUAUCUCUACCUGCUGUUCCGGCCCCUGCCCCGCAAGUACUUUGUGGUGCAUCUGGAUGUGGCCACCGAGGAGAACCAGGUGGUGCGCGUCUCCUUCUCCAACCUGUUCAAGGAGUUCAAAUCCACGGCCACGUGGCUCCAGUUCCCCUUCAUCUGUGGGACAGCCAAGGGUUCGCUGCGUGACAGGACAGCUGGGGCUUCCAGGAGAGACCUGGUGGGAGCAGCCCCUGCCAACGCACGCUGGACCUGCCUGGUGCUUGACCUGCACUACGUGCUCUCCCUGUACCUGAGCCGGCGGUACAGCCACCUGAAGAGCAUCAAACUCUGCUCAAACCUGCUGGUAAAAAACGUCUGCACGAGCGACUUGUUGUUUGAGCCAGGCGUGACACUCUCUGAAGCUCGCCGUGCCAGCCCAGCCAGCCAUGGGGCUGCUCCAAUGCCACGGGACAUGGCCUUCCCAGUGCCCAAGGGAGGGAGGUGGCACGACCACUACGACUACAUCAGGUUCCCACCCGAUGGCUCCAGUUUGCCAUAUGACUCCAUCCAGAGGAGCUGCUCCAGUCCUGUGGCAGGUGGGAUGGCUGGUCAGAGUCCUUGCCUUUCUUCCUCCAAACUCAGGGCAGCAAAUCCAAAGUACUCAGAGGAGCCCCUUGGCCAGCUGCCCCAGCCAGUGAUGCUCACCAAAGCAGUUCGAGACCGGCUGUCCCUCGUCCAGCAGAUCACCAGUCCCAAAGCUGUGCCGCACCGGUGCCCUGCAGCUGCAGGAAGCAUCCCUGAGGUUCACCUGGCAGCCCCAGAGGUGCUGCAUGGUGGGGACCAGGAGGAUGGGACGCUGCGUGGCACAGGGGACUCCACACAGUCUGUGGCUGUCAGUGAUGGUGGCAUCCAUGUGUACGCACACCAGAGGAGAGAGCGAGCUGCCCAUGCAGGCUCAGAGGGCACGCACAGGAAGGUCCCUGCAGCAGAUGGAGCAGCCAGUGGGAGAACCUCUCGCUGCAGGAGCUUCUUACCAGAUCCGAUCCUGAAGCUGAGGAAGGUGAUCGGCUUUGGAGGCUGCAGCACCAAGUGGGCGCUGUGGACUCAGAACAGCUCUGCAGUGGUGUAUCCCUGCCACGCAGUGAUAGUAACCCUGUGGAUUCAGACUGGCGAGCAGAGGUUCUUCACUGGACACACAGAUAAGGUGUCAGCAUUGGCGUUCAAUGGGAACAGCUCCCUGCUGGCCUCAGCACAGGAGGGUCCCCUGGGUGUGCUGCGCUUAUGGGACUUCCCCAAGGGCAGCUGCCUGGCCGUGUUCCAGAGCCACCUGAGGGCUGUGCUGUCUCUCAGCUUUUCCUACAGCGGAACCGUUCUCUGUGGCGUUGGAAAGGAUGGACAUGGCAAAACGAUGGUGGUGGUAUGGAACACUGCCCAGGUGACUCGCGGUGGAGAGGUGCUGGUGCUGGCCAGAGCACACACAGAUGUGGACAUCCAGACCUUGAAGAUUGCUUUUUUUGAUGACACCAGGAUGGUGUCGUGUGGCCGGGACAGUGUGAGGCUGUGGCGAGUGAGGAACGGAGCCCUGCGCUCCUGUCCUGUCAACCUGGGCGAGUACCACGCUCUGGAGUUCACUGACCUGGCCUUCGAGGAGGGACAUUCAGCUGCACGUGAGCCUGAUGACCGCACGCUCUUUGUCUGCAGCAGGAGUGGCCACGUCCUGGAGGUGGACUACAAGAACGUCUGUGUGCGGAGCGCACGGCUGCUGCUGCCUGCACAGCUGCAGGAUGGGGCAGGCGCUGGGAUUGCUAUAAACAGUAUCAGUAUCUCCUCAACCCUUUGUGCCACGGGCUCAGCUGACGGCUACCUGCGGCUGUGGCCAUUGGACUUCUCAGCUGUUGUCCUCGAAGCAGAGCACGAGGCACCAGUGAGCUCUGUCUGCAUCAGCCCUGAUGGCCACAAAGUCCUGUGCACAACCACAGCCAGGAACCUGGGCUACCUGGACAUCCAGUCCCGGGGUUACAGCACCCUGAUGCGCUCCCAUGAGGAUUCCAUCUUGGCCUUCUCGGUGGAGGGAGAUUGGAAGCAGAUGGCGACGGUGUCCCGGGAUAACAGCAUCCGGGUGUGGGACCUCGUGUCCAUGCAGCAGCUCUACGACUUCACGGCUGCUGAUGAGACACCGUGUGCCGUGUCCUUCCACCCCACCCAGCGGAUCCUCGCCUGUGGCUUCAACAGCGGCGUGGUGCGAACCUUCUGCUUGACUGCCUCCAACCUCCUGACAGAGCACAAGCAGCACCGCACUCGGAUUGCUGGGCUCACCUUUUCUCCAGAUGGCAACUUCAUGUUCAGCUCCUGUUUGCAGGGAACUCUGGCUCUUUACAGCUGUGUGGCACAGAAAAGCCGGAUCCUGAGAGUCCUGGGUAACGUGGUGGCCCGGGAUGCUGGCAGUGGUCCUGAUGCUUUGGUGCUCAGCGAGGACAGCCGCCUCCUGGCCUUCGUGGGGCCCUCCAAGUACGUUGUGACCGUGAUGGAGGCCUGCUCUCUGGAUGAGCUGCUGAGGGUGGACAUCAGCGUCCUUGAUUUGAACAGUACAGCCUUGGACUUUGCAGUGAGAAUCUGCUUUGCUCCCGUGUCGCAAGGAGAGCUCCUGGUGUCCACAUCUUCCAACAAAAUCCUUGUGCUUGAUGCAAAAACAGGACGGCUGGUGCGAGAGGUGUCCCCUGUGCAUAAGUUGUCCUGUUCUUCCUUGGCGCUGAGUAAGGAUGCCAGGUACCUGCUCACUGCUGGUGACAAGGUUAUCAAAGUGUGGGACUACCGGAUGCGCUUCAACAUCAACUUCCAGGUGUACAUUGGCCAUUCAGAGCCUGUGUGCCAGGUGGCCUUCACCCCAGACCAGCGGCACGUCAUCAGCGUUGGAGAUGCCAUCUUCCUCUGGGAUUUCCUAGCUGUACCUGCACAGAAGUCUCCCCCAGCCCUGACCCAUUCCUCUGAGUCCCCUCUGCUGCUGGCAGCAGAAAAGAGCUCUGAGAAGCUAAAGGAUGUGUCUGAUGUACCUCGGCAGACAAUUCCCCUUCCACUGUUGUCCUCACCACCAUGUCUGGACGUCAGCUCUGUCCACCCAGCGGGAUGUCAAAGUAUUUUCUCAGAGUCAGACAGAGAGGAGGAGACCUGUCUGCCUGGCGGUGUAGUGGAGAAUGGAAGUAAGGACACCUCAGUCCUUGUGGCAGAGCCAGCCAGGAAAGAGGAGCUUGUUGUUGUGAGACCCAAAGUGAGGCUGGAGAGCUGCAGGCUUCAUGCACCAUCAGCAAAUGAACCCAGAAAGGAGACCAGAAGUCCCAAGUCCCAGUGCUGCAUCCGACCAGAUUCAUACCGGCAUUUCACUCCUCGCUUUAAGGCCUCCGUGCUCCCCCAGAAACCCUUAAUUAAUGUUAGUCCACCUCUCUCCUCGGCACGCAGCUCUUUUCCAGACAAGCUGAAAAGUUUCCUAUCUCCUCCAUGUGGCAAUGAAGUCCUGAAGCUGAAAGCAGUGAUUGGCUACAAUGGGAAUGGCAGAGGGAACAUGGUGUGGGACCCAGACACAGGCUUCUUCGCCUACACCUGUGGCUGCAUCAUCGUGGUUGAAGACCUGCACUCAGGGUCACAGAAUCACUGGCUUGGUCAUGUAGAAGAGAUCUCUACUCUUGCUGUCAGCCACGAUGCUCAGGCUCUGGCUUCUGCCUCAGGAAAGAGAGAUGGAGACUCCCAUUGUCAGAUCUGCAUCUGGAACACCCAGGAUGGGAUUUGUAUGGCAAAUCUCUUCUACCACAAGACCCAAGUCCAAGCCAUGGCAUACUCUCAGGAUGACAGGUUCCUUGCUACCAUUGGGGACUACAAUGAUCAGACCAUUGCUCUGUGGAGUACCUACACUUAUGAACUCCUGUCAUCGACUCGUAUCUCCAAGCCAGUCCAUGACAUGGCUUUUAGUCCUUUUUCUCACAGAGAAAUGGCCUGCGUUGGGAAGGGAGCGCUUACGUUUUGGCUGCUGGAACAGCGCGGGGCUGACAUCAGUCUCAAGGUUCAUAGAGCCCCUGUCCCUGAAGUGUUAGGGCUGGUGGAGCUGACAUCCCUCUGCUAUGGGGCUGACACCCUCCUUUACAGCGGGACCAACUCAGGCCAGGUCUGUGUGUGGGACACGGAGACUAACAGCUGCUUCAUGACGUGGGAGGCUGAUGAGGGCGAGAUCGGUGUGUUGGUGUGCCGCUGCAACAGGCUGGUGAGUGGCAGCAACACGAAGCGCAUCCGCCUGUGGGCAGUGGGGGCCAUGCAGGAGCUGAGGCUGAAGGGGCACAAGGCCAGAUCUAGCUCAGUCGUCCUGGAACAUGAGAUCACCCUGGAUGGGACGAUAGUCAGCAUGGCCUUCGAUGACUCUUUAGAAAUGGGAAUUGUGGGCACCACUGCAGGAACACUGUGGUACAUCAACUGGAAGGAGAGCACAAGCAUCCGGCUCAUCAGUGGCCACAAAAGCAAGGUGACCGAAGUGUCCUUCAGUCCUGAUGAGACUCUCUGUGCCACGUGUGGGGAAGAUGGCAGCGUGAGGGUUUGGUCUCUGGGCAGAAUGGAACUGGUGGUACAGUUUCAAGUGCUGAACCAGAGCUGCCAGUGCCUGGCCUGGAAGCCUUACCCCAGUGUUGCAUGGGAAGCUGAGAGCCAGCAUGUAGUGGCAGGGUACAGUGAUGGCACCAUCCGUGUCUUCAGCAUUUCCAGGACAGAGAUGGAGCUGAAAAUGCACCCCCAUGCCGCUGCACUGACAGCAAUUGCCUACUCCACAGACGGAGAAAUGAUCUUAUCAGGGGGUAAGGAUGGAAUGGUGGCUGUCAGCAGCCCUCGCACUGGGAUGACCAUCCGCAUCCUUCCUGACCACAAAGGCUCUGCUAUCACUGUCCUGCAGUGCAUCAGGAAGCAGUACCACGACUUCGGGGUGGAAGGAGGUGAGCUGUGGCUGGCUACCAGCUCAGACCGGCGGGUCAGUGUUUGGGCCUCCGACUGGCUGAAGGAUAAGUGUGAGCUCCUCGACUGGCUUAGCUUCCCUGCUCCUGCCAGCCCCGAGGGUCUUGGCAGCCUGCCGCCCAGCCUGGCUGCGUUCUGCCCUUGGGAGCACGGUACCCUGGUCUAUGUUGGCUUUGGGAUGCAGAAGGAAGCUUUGUUUUACAGCCUGCGCAAGAAACAGGUCAUUGAGAAGAUCUCCUUGCCAUACUUUGCCACAUCACUGAGCCUGUCUCCUGCAGCACGUUUCAUGGCUGUCGGCUUCAGUGAGCGGCUCCUCCGUCUACAGCGCUGCCCUGGAGGCCUGGCCCAGGAUUACACCGGCCACGACGACGCCGUCCAUCUAUGUCGCUUCGCCCCCGCCGGCCGCCGCUUGUUGACGGCCUCGCACAGCGCUGUGCUCGUCUGGGAGCUGCUGGGAGGCUGAGGCCUCACAACGGGCCGGGCCUGAGGCCUAGUUGGGGGGCUGAGCCGGGGCAUCCCGGGAUGCAGCUUCACGCUAGGCCCCGGCUCAGCCCUCCCACCUAGGCCGCAGCCUAGGCCUCAACCCCCCACCUAGGCCGCAACCCCUACAGCGGUGCGUUGAACGCUCCGACAUUGCUGUGAUGUUUGUUUAUGGCGUGAUUUGCUGCUCUUUGUUUUGUUUGUUUGUUUCUUUAUUUUCUCUUUUUUUUCCAUUUUUUUCCCCCUAAUAAAAACACAAAACAAA